AUGACAGAGGCUUGGGGUGAAGCUGCUGAGGACGGCUACGAUGGAGCUGAUGAUGAUGGUGGUGCCGAGGGUGCCAGUGCCGAGGACUCGGCAAUGAUGAAUGGUGAUGAUGCUACAGCUGAGGAUGGGCAUGAUGAUGUCCUGACGGCCGGGGCCGAAGCUGGGGGGAUUGGUGAUAUUUUCGAGGUCUGCGAGGACACCGGCAGGUCUGGAGAUGCAGCCGAGCAUCAUGAUACGCCACCAACAUCUGCAGCAGCAGCAGAAGAAUAUCUGAACCAACGAAUCCUGGAGCUUCAGAGGGACUUGGAUGAGCGCCGAGAUUUCAACAAUGUCGACACCGUGCCCCACAAUAUCAUGGCAGCGCCUGACAUCAUGGAUAUCUCCCUCUUCCAAAUUCAGGUUAUCAGUGAUGAUGAGAGUGAAUUGGAAGAAGCUGAUGAUAAUGGCACCCGGCCCUACAGCCCCAGUGAUUUGCCAAAGGUCAGUGAUCUAGAUGAGUCUGCCGAGAAUGACAAGACGGACCCGGCUGAGAACAUCAUUAGCGCACCUGAAGCUCCAACUCGAAGCCCCGAAGCCAUCACUGAUGCUGCUGAAGUGCCAGAAGCUGAAAAGGAGCCCAGCACAUCGGCCAGAGAUGCAGCUGGUAUGGCCCCCAACGAGGCCGAAGGUGAUGAGGAUGACGAUGCCUUUGAUGUUGCCAACUUCCAGGGCAACCCCUGCCGGUUGGAGCAAGCUGAGAGAGUGCUAGCCGAAGAGGAAAUGGGUGGAAAGAAAAAGCCGGGACGCCCCAAGACUCGGGGCCGUGGCCGUGGCCGCGGCCGUGGCCGCGGUCGCGGUCGUGGCAGGGGUCAGGAAGGUCCUGAGACCCCAAGUCCGAAAGCUAAGUCUUCAAAGACUCUGGCGGCUGAUGGUGAAGAUGAAGGAGAUGAGCUGGAGACCCCCCCGAAAUCAGAAGCCCCAACAAAGAAGACCAAAGCCGACAAGACGGAGACUGGGAAGAAAGCCUCCCCCGCAAAGGGCCCAAAAGCUUCCCCCAAGAAGGCCCCCAAGGCCAAGGCAAGCCCCAAAAAGGCUCCGGCCGCGAAAGCAUCGGCCAAAACGAAGGCCAAGGCAAAAGCAAAGGCGAAGUCGGGUGCACCGAAGGAGCAUGAGCCAGUGGAGGAGCAGGAGGAGAACCAGGAGCCAGAUGGAGAGGGUCGCAAAAGAAAGCGGCAUUCGGAGGACGAGAAAAGCUUUGCUAGGAGAGCCCGCCCGACAUCCGAAGACUCGCUCAACCAGUGGCUUGCCAUCCGCGAUGCCUAUCGUGCUCACCUCGAAGUGCGCUUUGGGGCCUCCCACCAGGAUCAGUUUUGGAUGAGUGUCAAGUCCAAGUUGCCGAAGAAGAGCAGCAUGGAGACGUACCGCAAGAUCACGUUGGAGGAUGAAAAGGGGCCAGGUAUAUGUCCAACGAUUCUGGAUGAAACAUUGGGGACAUCCAAAUCCGAAAAGAUCGAUUAUGUGGUCGACCUCGUGGAUCUGGAUGACCCAAACAAUGACGUGCCGCUUCCAGCCUUCUUUGAGAGCCUGAGCUGGGACAACCGUUGGGAAGAGGCAGAGCUGGAGGAGGAACUGCAGCGAAAGAUGAAGGAGCUGAAGAAGAACCAGGACCAAGAACAUCCAUCUCGAUGCCCAGCCAAGAUCGAGGAACUGCUAAGACAAAGACAGGCAGAGGCAAUCGUAGAGCAAGAGCUCAAAAAAGCACAGGCGGCAAAGGAAAUGGCAGAAGCUCAGAAACACCAGGAAGUCCAGGAUGCAAACGCAGCAGCAGAACGUGAAGCACAACGGGCACGUGCAGUCGCAGAACAACAAGCCAAGGAGCUCAAAAAAGCGCAAGAUGCAAAAGCAGCAGCUGAACUUGAAGCCCAGAAACUUCAGGAUGCACAGGCGGCACGGGCAAUCGCAGAGCAACGAGCCAAGGAUCUCAAAGAAGCACAGGCGGCAAAGGCAGCAGCGGAGCUUGAAGCUCAGAAACUCCAGGAAGCACACGAAGCACGGGCGAUCGCAGAACAACGAGCCAAGGAUCUCAAGGAAGCACAGGCCACAAAGGCGGCAGCGGAGCUUGAAGCUCAGAAACUCCAGGAAGCACAAGAGGCACGAGCAAUCGCAGAACAACAAGCCAAGGAUCUCAAGGAAGCACAAGAGGCACGGGCAGCAGCGGAGCUUCAAGCUCAGAAAUUACAGGAAACACAGGCACGGGCACUCGCAGAACAACGAGCCAAGGAACUCAAGGAAGCACAAGAGGCACGAGCAAUCGCACAACAACGAGCCAAGGAUCUCCAGGAAGCACAAGAGGCACGAGCAGUCGCCGAACAACAAGUCAAGGAUCUCAAGAAAGCACAAGAGGCACGGGCAAUCGCAGAACAACAGGCCAAGGAUCUUCAGGACGCACAAGAGGCACGGGCAAUCGCAGAACAACAGGCCAAGGCAUCACUACAAGUCCAGCAAAGUCCAGGGUCCGGUACAGUGACACCAGCAGAACCGAUAUCACGAGGUUGCUCAUGGUCUCAAGAUGCACAGCCUCGCCAGUUGUUCCCCGAAACUCCUAGCAUUGCCACAUCUCCUGCCCAGCCAAAGGCCCUGCCAGCAACAGCAGCACCGAAGGCUAUGAUGCCAACCGCAGCGAAAAGCAAGAAUCCUGCACCACCCCCUGGCCUGAGUGAGGCUGCUAUCUCCCGGCGGCUUUCCCGUGCGAUGGAGCCUAACUCUAAGGGCAUAUUUAAGGUCUCAGAGGCAAUCCGCACCCAAUGGCGAGAGGACAAGAACUCCGUGAUCCGCUUGUUCGCGAAACUGGACUACAACACGGAUCUUUUCGUUAAGAAGUUUUCGGUGAAAACCGAAAACCAGAAAGAGAUGGAGCUGUCCGUGGACUUUGAGUUCUUGACGAAGAAAGAACUAGCAGAUCCACCUUACAACCUCUCCCAGUCUCUAAGCUGA